AUGUUCCAAAUGAUCUACAUGGCAACCGUGGCUGGGAACACCCUCAUCGUGGUGCUCAUUGUGGCUGACCAGCACCUUCACACCCCCAUGUACUUCUUCCUGGGCAACUUGUCCUGUCUGGAGACCUGCUACACCUCAACCAUCCUGCCCAGGUUGCUGGCCAGUCUCCUGACUGGGGACAGAACCAUCUCAGUCAGUGGCUGCAUCAUACAAUUGCAUUUCUUUGGUUCUCUGGCAUGUACAGAAUGCUAUCUCCUAGCAGCAAUGUCUUAUGAUCGGUAUUUAGCGAUAUGUAAACCCCUGCACUAUUCAACUCUUAUGAAUAUCAGGUUUUGCCUCCAGUUGGCUGCUGGGUUAUGGUUAAUUGGUUGUUUGGCUACUGCCAUCUUUGUCUUAUUCCUAUCACAGUUAAUAUUCUGUGGCCCGAAUGAAAUUGACCAUUUCUAUUGUGAUGUCAUCCCACUGAUGGAACUCUCCUGCAGUGACACCCACCAGGUCAUAUUGCUGGAUUUCAUAUUAGUCUCUGUAUUCACCCUGUCUCCAUUCCUACUAACCAUGACAUCCCACGUGUGUAUCAUUGCAACCAUCCUGAGAAUCCCUUCCACCACCGGGAGGCAAAAAGCCUUUUCCACCUGCUCCUCUCACCUCAUUCUGUUGACAAUUUUCUAUGGAUCCAUAAUGAUUGUGUACCUGCUACCAAAAUAA